AUGGAAGCAAAUGCAGCAAAUCAGAAUAGAACGGUGGCAGAGUGUAUUCUCAACAUACUCGAAAACUAUGAACAUUACGGAGGCUGUAAUGCGUACUCAAUGCUGGCCCUUAGGGCAGAAUUCGCGGUUUAUAUCCCGUUUACGCAUCCAGAAUUCCAUAGACACUUCUCCGCGUUCACUAUCCAGGCAGUCGAGAUUGACAGACGUCAUAACAGAUGGUGUUAUCCUAUUGGAGGACCUGUACCCCCGCAAGACAUUCCUAUCGAAAACCAAAUCCCUUAUAUCUAUCCCCCUUUCCCACCGAAUGGAGACCCUCCUCAAACCCCACAUAUGGGAAAUCAACAACCAGAACGUCGACAACAACAACAACAACUCGGUGACCAACAGAGACAACAGCAGGGUAAUGGCCAAGCCAACCCCGAAGGUCUACAAUUGGGUGGCAGAUAUCCACAGGAAGUAGAGAAAGAGGGAGAUCAAAGAAGAGUCGCAGAAAACGCAAACGGAGAUCACGCCCCUGCCAACUUUCCUAGCGCCCUGGUAUGGGACCUAUUACAAUACAACUAUAUCGAACUUGAAAAAAUCAAUGCUGGUGUGGUUCCAGAUUCCUCUGAACACGUGCACAAGUCUACCAACAAAGAUGCAGCUUCAAAAAUUAAACCUCGUCAAUUCACCGAGUCCGGGGAGUGGCGUAACGCUCUUAGCAUUUUGUUUCUGCAGCAUUCCCUUCAGCAGCUAUGUUGUUUGAAAAAUACACCAGACACGUCAAGUCGCUGGAGAUUAUUUUCACACGUAGGGGAAACUGGCGCGACGUCAUACGAUAUGAUGCAGAAAUGCGCAAAGUCUUUGCUGCCAGCCGCCACCUCUCCUUUGCGGAUUUCGACAGCAGAGAACUCGAUCAUGUUAAAGCCUUGGCUUGGCCGAAAGGAGACAGUAGACGGAGCCAACAGUCCGAAUUCCUACGGCCGAUUCAAGGGAGCUCCUCUAGACCUACGAUUCGUGCUUCAUCAGAGAAGUCUAGAUUGUCCAGAUCACCCAGAGAUGGACUCAAAUUCAAAGAUACGAGUAACCUUCCAAAAAAUCAACAGAUCUGCAGGGGAUGGAACGUCAACAAAUGCCCGGAUCCGCCGACAUGCGGCAGGAUUCAUGGCGUCUGCGAUGUUCUGGGGUGCAACAAACCUCACAAACGAUGCUUCCACCCCAAGUAAACCUUCGGGUGCCCCCCAGGGUCUAUUGUUCGAUGCUGCUUGCUUCAAAGAUGACAUCCUACGCGAGAUGGCCGACCGCGAUUACGGUUCGCGGAAGUUCAAACGUGGCUAUGAAUGGGAAUGGCCGGGCGCCGCCGGUUAUUCAAAUGUGAUCGAUUCUAGUUUGUGGGCAAGUCCCCUAGACAAGCCACCCCCUCUGUCCUCCGAUAAGAAGGCAGCUUAUGCUCUCAAACAUUUCUCCUAA